GUAAUAUUUUAUUCUGAGAGAUUUUUUUGUUGGAGCAGAGGUUUAGAAUCGUGUCGCAGUCAGUCCUGGUUCGCCAACUGUUUUUGAUCUGAAUUAAUUUCGGGUGUCUUUUAUGAAUAAUCAAAAGCAGCAAAAGCCAACGCUAACCGGCCAGCGUUUUAAAACUAGGAAAAGAGAUGAAAAGGAGAGAUUUGACCCUAGUCAGUUUCAGGAAAGUAUCGUUCAAGGUCUGAAUCAAACUGGCACUGAUCUGGAAGCAGUAGCGAAGUUCCUUGAUGCCUCUGGCGCCAAGCUCGACUACCGUCGCUAUGCAGAGACACUCUUCGACAUCCUGGUGGCUGGCGGAAUGCUGGCCCCAGGUGGUACUCUUUCUGAUGACAUGACCCGCACGGAGUUCUGUCUCUUCACCGCACAGGAAGACCUGGAGACCAUGCAAGCGUAUGCUCAGGUUUUUAACAAACUUAUCAGGCGUUACAAGUACCUGGAGAAAGGGUUCGAAGAGGAGAUCAAGAAGUUGCUGCUGUUUUUAAAGGGUUUCACUGAGUCGGAGCGCAACAAGCUGGCCAUGCUGACUGGCAUUCUUCUGGCCAAUGGGAACAUAUCUGCCUCCAUUCUGAGCAGUCUAUUCAACGAGAACCUCGUCAAAGAAGGUGUCUCUGCAGCCUUCGCCGUGAAACUGUUCAAAUCAUGGAUCAAUGAGAAGGAUAUUAACUCUGUCGCCGCCAGCCUCCGCAAAGUUGGCAUGGACAACAGGCUGAUGGAGCUGUUCCCCGCCAACAAGCGAAGCUGUGAGCACUUCUCCAAGUACUUCACCGAUGCGGGGCUGAAAGAGCUGUCAGACUUUGCCCGAAAUCAACAGACCAUCGGGGCUCGUAAGGAGCUGCAGAAGGAGCUUCAGGAGCAGAUGUCCCGCGGGGAUCCGUUCAAAGAUAUCAUCGCCUACGUGAAGGAGGAGAUGAAGAAGACCAACAUCUCGGAGCAGACGAUGAUCGGUAUCGUGUGGACCAGUGUGAUGAGCUCAGUGGAGUGGAACAAGAAGGAGGAGCUGGUCACAGAACAAGCCAUCAAACACUUGAAGCAAUACAGCCCCCUCCUGAAAGCCUUCACCUCCCAGGGGCUCUCAGAGCUUACCCUGCUACUCAAGAUCCAGGAGUACUGCUACGACAACAUUCACUUCAUGAAGGCUUUCCAGAAGAUUGUGGUGCUGCUUUAUAAAGCGGAUGUUUUGAGCGAGGAGGCCAUCCUUAAGUGGUACAGCGAAGCCCACAUGGCCAAAGGAAAGAGCGUGUUCCUUGAGCAGAUGAAGAAGUUUGUUGAGUGGCUCAAGAACGCCGAAGAAGAAUCAGAGUCUGACGAGGAAGAAGCGGACUGAGGGCUCGAGCUAAGAUGUGCGUUUUAAAUAAAGUAGCAGCAGGAGUAGUAGAAUGUUUUGUUACAGAAGUGCUUGUCUUUCUAGUUUUCUUUCUUUUUUUUCCUAUUCUACCUCCUGUAUUUUUUCAGCCGUAACAUUUAGAUGUAAUUUAAGGGCUUUGACAUCCCGGUUAUUUUAACUCCCCUUUUCUAAACUAAUAAAAGUUUACACUUCACAUGGCACCUAUGGGUGAAUCUGUGAAUCCGGCCUCCCUAAUCACUAUAUUUGAAAAUCCUUACAAAUUGACCCUGGACUUGAAUAUUUUUUUUUCUCCACUAUGGUCCCUAUUUAACACUUCACUUUGAUUUCCAAGUCAAGUAUUCCAUUCAAUUUCAGACACCACUGUUACCCUCAAAAUGGCCAUUUUUUUUUAAUGAGUUGGUCAGCCUUUUGGACACUGAUUUGAGUAUGCCUUUCUCCAACUUUAAUACAAAACAUUCGAAAUGCAUUUGAAGUUAUUGCCUUUUUUGCCAAAGGAGUAAGCCCUGCCUUUUUUUUUUUUCUUUUCUUAAAAUGUUGGUUCUUUCGCCAGUUUUUAGGUAUUCGCUCUGUUUUGACGAAACCAUGAAAAGAUAAUGUGGUGGUCUGACGAGGCGGCGCUGGAGGAGCGUCACUUUUGAGGGACUGUAAUUUUGACAACGUCCUUAAGAUGCAGUGCCAGCUCAUUUGGUUAAUGUUGAUUCCUUUUUUCUUUACCCUAAUAU